AUGUUCUCUCGGGCUUUGGGUGCUGUUGCAUUGGCCCUCUGGGCCAAAGUAGCCAAUGCUGCAUUUGGACUCACAACUAACAGUGGCACUUACGUUGUGGACGCUGGAUCGUCAAACCCACUUAAGUUUACCGUCUCCCGCACCAGUUGUGACAUCUCGUCGAUCAGUUUCUAUGGAUCCGAGCUGCAAUACCAGUCGACCGGUUCGCACAUCGGAUCGGGUCUGGGAACUGCCACCGUCAGCGCAACGCAGAGUGGCGAUUACAUUACGGUCACUUGCGCAACGGAUACCCUCACUCACUAUUAUGUUGUUCACAGCGGCGAUCCCAUCAUCUAUAUGGCCACUUACACGACUGCUGAACCAUCCAUUGGCGAGUUGCGAUACAUCGCCCGACUGAAUGCGGACCUGCUCCCCAAUGAAGAACCUUUUGGCGAUGUCUCGACCAUUGCCGAUGGAACUGCUAUUGAGGGCUCAGAUGUGUAUCUUGUUGAUGGCGAAACCCGAAGCAAGUUCUACUCCAGUGAGCGAUUUAUCGAUGACCAAAGACAUUGUGUGUCCGGCAGCGCGCAUCGUGUCUGCAUGAUUAUUCCCCAGUAUGAGACGUCAGCUGGUGGACCCUUCCAUCGUGACAUCAAUACCAACAAUGUCGGCUCAUAUACUGGCCUGUACUGGUACAUGAACUCUGGCCAUGUCCAAACCGAAACCUACCGUCAAGGUCUACACGGUCCAUACAUGAUGUACUUCAGCCGCAGCGGUACUCCCGCAACCAACAUCGACACUUCGUUUUUCGCCAACCUGGGUAUCAAGGGCUAUGUCGCUACGUCCGGGAGAGGCUACGUGUCUGGAACAGCCUCCGGUGCCAGUUCUUCUUUUGACUGGGUAAUUCACUGGUACAACAGUGCUGCCCAGUACUGGACCUACACAUCAUCUAGCGGCUCAUUUACCUCGCCUGCUAUGAAGCCUGGCACCUACACCAUGGUCUACUACCAGGGAGAAUUCGCCGUCGCAACCUCCUCGGUUACUGUUACUGCUGGCUCAACCACCUCAAAGAGCAUCUCCGGAAAAGUGACCACCGGUACGACAAUCUUCAAGAUCGGAGACUGGGAUGGGCAACCAACCGGAUUCCUCAAUGCCGCCAACCAGCUCCGCAUGCACCCCUCUGAUACCCGCAUGUCCUCUUGGAGCCCGGGUACCUACACCGUCGGGAGCUCUACGACAUCCCAGUUCCCAAUGGCUAUCUUCAAAUCAGUGAACUCGCCAAUUACCAUCAAAUUUACCGCCACCUCAUCCCAGACUGGAGCUGCUACCCUGAGGAUCGGUACUACCCUUUCCUUUGCUGGUGGUCGACCACAAGCUACCAUCAACAGCUACACCGGCAGCAUUCCGUCCGCACCCACCAAUCUCGACUCGCGCGGUGUUACUCGGGGAGCUUACCGCGGUCUGGGCGAAGUAUAUGAUGUUUCCAUUCCCAGUGGCACUAUUGUUGCAGGAACCAACACUAUUACCAUUAACGUUGUUUCUGGAAGCUCGGGUGAUACCUAUCUGAGUCCCAACUUUAUCUUUGAUUGCGUUGAGUUGUUCCAGUGA